AAGUUUCCAUCUUGAAGCUCCAAAAUAGUAGCAAAUUCCCCUCUUUCCUCCCUCGCAAUCAGAUGGCGGACCAACCCAGGGAAUUGCCAGAAGAAUGCUGGGAAUUGGUUUUCAAUUCCUUCGAUCACCACUCCUACUUGGAACCCCUCUCCCUCGUCUCCCAUGGAUUCCUCUCCAUCACUAACCACCUCCGCUACACCCUCACCAUCACUGAACCGGCACUUCCAUUCCUUCCUCAGCUCCUCCGCCGAUUCCCAAACCUCAAAAAAUUCCGUUUCCAGCAAUUUCUUGGCGAUCUCAGUCCCAUUCUUCACCAGAUUUCCUUGUCUGGGUUAGAUCUCGAAUCCCUCUGUCUUUCAAACCAGAAGAGCUUUCCGCUACUGGGUUUGCGAAGUCUGGGGUCCAAGGCCAGGAAUCUCAAGGAAUUGAUUUGCUUCAAUGUCUUCAAUUUGCAAGAUGCGGACUUGAUUGAGAUUGGGAAUUCGUUUCCAUUUCUUGAGGUGCUUGAUAUCAGUUAUCCUGAUUACUAUUGUGGGGUUUCGCUGAAUGAUUCUUCCGACACACCGACAUAUUCCGGCGUUGUGGGUGACCAUGGGGUCAUUUAUAUAUCUUCAACCCUCAAGAGAUUGUGCAAGAUUAACCUCUCUGGUAAUCCCUUCCUUACUGAUAAUGCUCUUGUUGCUUUGUCUUCAAAUUGUGUGUUGCUGACUGAAAUUGAGAUUCGCCAUUGUGAUUUCAUAACCCAGAGAGGGAUUGGCUUGGCAAUGCGGAAUAGUGCCAAUUUGAAGUGUAUUUCAGCCAAUGGAAUUGGGGUUCCUUCCAUAGAUUCAUUUUUCAAGGAUUCAUUUUUCUACGUGAGAGCUUUAUGUGAGCUUGAUCUUUCUCAUUCCUUUUUAUCUGAUGAAUUCCUAUGUUCAAUUGGUGAAGCAUGUCUUCCACUGAAGAAGCUUGUUCUGUCUCAUUGCUAUUGUCUCUCAUUUGUUGGGAUUUCUUUUCUCUUGUCCAAGCACCAGUCUCUUGUUUACUUAGAUCUUCAAGGGGCAAAUUUCCUCACCGAUGAGCACAUGGCUGAAUUAACCAAGUUUCUUGGUAAUUUGACCUUCAUUAAUCUUGGUUUAUGCUCUAAGCUUACAAAUGCAACCUUCUUCAACCUUACAACCAACUGUCCUUUGCUAAAUACCAUCAACAUGGAGAGAACAAAUCUCGGUGUUGAAGAAUUCUCCACUGAAGUUGUGGUACACGCUCAUGUCAAGUCUCUAUUCUUGUCUGGGAAUAACAGUUUGAAUGAUGAAUGCAUCAAAAAGGUUGCCUACGUUUGCCCCAAUCUAGAAGUUCUUGAUCUUGCUUGCUGCUUUAACCUUACAGAGGAAGGCAUUAUAGAAAUUUUAAAAGGUUGUCAGCAGAUUAGGUCUUUGGAGAUUAACGUAUGUCGGGAAGUUAAGAAUCUUCAGAUAGAUUUUGAAGUUCCAAGGCUAGAGGUUCUGAAAGCACAGAAGCUGAUAAUUGAUGAUGAGGCAUUGGCAUUCAUUGGAAAGAGGUGUCCUCGUUUAUCAAAGUUGGACUUAAAAGGUUGCUUCAACGUGACAGCAAAAGGAGUAAAGGAAGUAAUCUUAAACUGCAGAGCAUUGAAGGAGAUAAAUUUGAGAUGGUGUGAUAAUGUUCGUAUAAACAAUGUAGCUUGGAUGGUGUGCUCAAGGCCAUCACUGAGGAAAAUAAUUGUGCCGCCAUGUUAUCUUCCUGGUAUGAAAGAAAAGGACUUUCUCUUGCGCCAUGGAUGUUUAGUUUGUGAGAAUUAGGUUGUUGAAAGACCCGGAAGAAUGCAUUUACUUAUUUUCUGUACAACAUCAUUAGCAAAGUUAUAGGGUGAUUAUUGUUCCAUCACAUUUGGACAUAUCUUAUUUUAUGUAAUAUAUAUAGCUGCCUCUCUUGCAAUUUUUACAAAGUUAAUGGAUUGAUGGCUUUCUGUGAUUUAGUUUCCGAAAAGGAGAUUUUUAC